CACACAGCUAGCUAAACAGUUAACAUUCAUACCGUACUAGUGUUAAACCGUUUUUGCUGAUGCGCAUUUGUGUUACACCGAGUUCUAAAGUGUUUAAAAGUUAUAAGUUAAGUUAUAAAUUGGGGGAUUUGUGAAAGCUCAUUUAAGAUAAUAUGACCUAUGAAAAUCACACAAAAUGAGUACCAUAAAAUUUGGGAUAUAACUUUCAAGAUAAAGAUAAAAUGACGUUUUGUAUGAAUACCAGCGAAUUUAGGAACUAUAUACCUCAACGACCAGUAGAGGUGGUGAUGGGCAUGCUGUCAUUCUUCAGCUUCUUUGGGUCCAUUGGAAAUAGCCUGGUGCUGUACGUUUAUACAAGAAAAAGAAAUAAAUUGGCGUCUACAGUUUUUAUUAUCUCCCUUGCUGGCGCCGAUUUCAUUACCUGUAUUUUAGUGAUGCCUUACACCGUCAUCGUCGAAUUUAUAAAUUAUGAAAUUUAUUACGACGUACUGUGUAAAUUGUACAUGUUCUUAAUCACUUGCAACGUCCCAUUUUCUGUAUUUGUUAUGGUUGCCAUUGCUUUAGAUCGCUAUGUGUGCAUUUGCCACCCCCAUUGCCAUACCCUGGAUUCUCGAAGGGCUAAAAGUAUAAUACUUGGAUUAGCCCUUCUUGUUGUUGUGAUUGGGAUGAUAACUGCUUUAGCUCACGGUGUUUACCAAUAUGGAUUUAAACCGGCAACAUCCGAUGUAGCAGAUAUGGUCAACUUUACGGAGGAUGGGCUUCAAUCUGUGGUUGCCAAUUGUUCAUUCGAGGAAUCGAACUGUACAAGUGUUGUCCACACAGUUCUUGUACAAGCCAAUUGUACCGUGCCCGUUAUGGAACGCGCUAUCGAAUACUCAGGAAUUUGUGCUUCGAACCAGUUAAUAUUUUCCACGACAUUCCGAAAGACGUUUCAAAAAGUGUAUGCCUUUAUGUUUCUUAUGUGCCUGGUACUAGUCGCUAUUUUAUACACUCUUAUCUAUAAAUCUGUUCUAGAGCGCCGGGCACGUCGUCUGAAACAGCGUCGUGCAACAAGAAUAUGUCUAUAUAGAGAAACAUCAUUAACAGAAGCACAAGAUACAUGUACCGUACCUACUGCUACAUCGAGGUUUACCACGACAGACAUUUCGGAACCACAAAAAGCAAUGUUGGACAAAGAAGUAUCGCUUAAAGAAAAAUACUGGCUGGCAAAUAUUCGAACAGCAGCCAUGUUGUUUGUUGUAACACUUGUAUUUAUUAUAGCGUUUUUACCGUCCUGGCUCAUGGCUCAUAAUCUUAUUCCUUUCAAUAUGAUAGUAUUCUAUAUGUAUUUCGCGUAUAAUGUUGCCAAUCCUAUUGUAUACGCCUUUAUGAAUCCAACGUUUCGACGAGAAAUGCGAGACGUGCUAAGCUGCAGGAAGUGUUCCAAUCAAGCCUUUUAAACCUUGUUCUGAAAUAGUGUAAUAUUUUCUUGAUUAUAUUCUGAAGUAGUCAGAGAGAGCAUAUGGUACUGAUAUUUUUGACAUUUCAAAACUGAAAAAGGAAGGAGACAGUUACCGGUUUUGUUAAUGAACUGCUAUUAUAGAACGAAGGAAUAGUGAAUUCUUGAUAUAUACAUAUGGGUCACCUUUUUCUUUUCAUAAUGACAGACAUAAAACAUUGAAAUGGUUUAAUGCUUUGUUUGCUGAAAAGCUUGCUGAAUUCAUUGACAUAGCUAUAUUUUCUACUUUAAAAAACAUAUGAUAGUGAGAGAGAGAGAGAGAGAGGGGGGGGGGGAGACAUUUCUCAUCCGUAUUUCUGUAUUUUUGAGCUGGUCAACAUAUUGAACUUCUGGACUUUUCCUUGAAAAACACGAAGUAGUAUUGAACAUGAUAUUGAAUUUAUUGUAUCUUUUACAAAUUUCUGACAUAUUCAAGGAACAGAAACCCUCAGCAGAGCACGUGUUUGUUUACGAGAAAAUGAAUGAAUAAAUAAGAUAAAAUGAAUGAAUAAGGCAUAUGGGUUUAAAAUAAACGGUCAUAUAAUAAUGAAAUUAAACUAACAUGUAUUUCUUUGAGAUAAAACAUGUUUACUUCGUUGGCAAAGUCCGGUAGUUCCUAAUAUCAAGGCAAUCAAGAAGAUAAGGCCGGUGAAUCCAGAACUGGUUUGACGCUAUUUUUGAGAAUCAAGACACUGUUGUAGUUUGUAGGCUAGAUUUCAGAUUAAAUGUAUAUGUAACAGAAGUAAUCUUAACAUCAAGACAUAUAGGACGACUAUUUAGCAUUAUUUUGUCUCGGACUUGCCUCAAGUCACAGGGGAUAAUACUGCCCCCUCUCACUAUUAUGGCAUGGUCGGAGUGUCGAUGAAACCAAAGUGUAAAAUAUUUAUAAAGAAUCUAUUUUUGUUUAGUAUAUGAUUUUAGGAAAGCUUGAAAGAAUUUUAAAUUGUUGCGAUUUCUAUGAGCAGAUAUUAUUUGCUUCGUAUGUUAUGUCUGAAUCUAUGUAAAUCUAAAAAUACGCAUUCUUUCAAUAUUUAUGUUAUGCAAAAUGUGAAGUCACAAGGAAUUUGAGUCGCGCAAGUUUAAUUUCAUGAAAGUAUUAUUUGUUUAAUAAUAAUAUAACGUCAUAUAGCAUAGCGAUUCAUUAUCCUCCGUGGAGAGAUUAUAAACCUUCCUCGAGCUUAAGGUUUUUUUUAGGGUUAUGGUCGAGGUCUAAAGCAGAAUAAAUUGACAUUACCAUGUCCAUGGGAGCAGCCAUCUUUUAACAGACGAUGGUCCGGACCAUCCGCGUUCGGUUUCUAGUUCCGACCACUAGUCAUGAAAAAAAUUAUAACCGAAGGUCGCCUAGAAAGUGUAUUAUGGGAUAGUGAUACAAGCGCACCCGUUUAUUCCGGCUAACAAUUAGUGCUAUUUCCGAAUUUAUUUCCGGACCAUAUCUCCUGGAACCACACAGAAUAUGUGCACAUCUAGCUUUAUUUCCAAUUCGAAAUUUUCUAUGAUUUUUAAAUUUGGGGCAUAACCCAGAAAAUUUCAAGUUAUCAUUAUAGAAUUGUGCAUACACAUUGACGUAUUAUAAUAGUUGCUAAAUUGAAGAUCUUCGGUAAAUAAUGUAUAUGUUUGCACAUUUGACUUAGUUUUGGGUUUCCAAUCAUUUUUCCAGAGUACACCUUAAGAUACCUUUAUCUUAUUUUGUUUUCAAAGUCACCUCAAUCAUACCACUAGAAUGUAGCAUUUGAGAGUGUAAUUCUAAAAACCUGUGGUGUUGUAGUUUAACUCAGUUUCGGUCCACAAUAACCAGGUAGCAUUCCCAGGAUGCCUGUUACCAUUUACUUUACAUCUAAUAUAUCCAAAUGUGACUUCCUGGUUUAUUCUGGGAUAACAGUUAAUGAUAUUAUUUAUUUUAGUCUGUAUUUCUUUUUAUUCUGGGAUAAAAUUAGUGAUAUUAUUGUCCCCCACCUUUCUAAUUAAGCUAAACUUGGUGUAGGUGUUUUUUGGGCGGAUGCCUUAAUUAUAAUGAAACUCAGAGUAUAGAUUAAUUAUAUCAUUACCUUGACGAAGUUCGAUCAUGAGAAUUUUCUGCUAAGUCUAAGUAGCGAUAAGCAGUUUGAUUGGUCAAGGGGUGGGGGAUUGGAAGGCCGAAUCCUUAGCGCGUUCGCGUUGUAUCAUAAGGUAAUCAGUUGAUAAUCAAUUUGAUUGCUCGAUACUUUUCAAAAGGAUAAAUGUGCAAUUGAUUAAUCUAUUUAUUUUGGAAUUGCGGUGGGGUACAUCAGUCUCGCUGUUGGCGUGUUUAUUCCAACGGGUGUGUAUAGGGCGGGGGUCAAAUCCUUAGCGCUUGCACGUUGUAUCACAAGAACUGUCAGUGAGUCAACUGGCGUGAUUUCGAUUCCCCGGGUGUACAUGACAAGGGGUAGGGUCGCCUUUCUCCGGGUCCUCCGGUUUUCUCCUACUGCGAAAGAUCCCUACGCACAAGCGAAUUAUUGAAAUAGUAUUAACUAUAUAUAAUUCCCGAAAUGACCUGGUUUGUGUCGAGUAGACGUUGAUGCCCCACGCCUCUCUCUCUCUCUCUGUUUAUUUCAGGAUGUUUAAUUUAAUUCAGGAAAAAUUUUGCUUAUUCUGAGAUAACAUUAAUAUUAUUUAAUUUGGGGUAACAAUUAAUGCUAUAUUAUUUAUUCUAGGAUAACAGUUAUAGCUAUUGUACAUACUUUAUUAUUUAUUCGGGUAUGAAUAUAUUGUAAAAACCAGCAGAACUAUUAUUUAUUCUGGAAUAAUAGUUGGUGCUAUCAUUUAUUCCGAGAUAACGUUUAGUGCAAUCUUUUAUUAUGGAAUAGUGAUUAGUGCUAUCAUUUAUUGCGAGAUAACGUGUAAUGCAAUGAUUUAUUCCGGAAUAGUGAUUAGCAAUCAUAAUAUAUUCUGAAAUAGUGAUUAGUGUUGCACCAUCGGUCGUCUGUCAGACGUGGAGAACAUCCAGCGUAUAACCCAUGCAUCGUUUCUUACUACAUAUUUUGGAACAGCCCUUGAUCGUCUAGUAUUGCCCCUGGUCGCAUUUGUAAUUCUUUAACUGGUUAGGACGUAUCUUUAAAUGUCAUUCUGACAUUCCCUAUUAAUGACGACUUCACAUUGCGAUUGAAUACACUGCAUCUCAAAUAGUAUGAUUAACAGACAAGACGACAGAACUAAAAGUAUGGUUUCUAAAGUUUUAUAUCAAUCUGGUUACACUGUUAAAAACAUAAUUAUAAUAAAGUCAUUCUCUUCUCUCAACCCAGAUGUUAUCCCUCGAACCUCAACGGUCUCUCCUACCGAUUUUCUCCCUGAUGUGUCCUCUUUCAAAUCUUCAUUGUGUCUAACCUAGAACGCACAUUCUAUUAAUUAUAGAUUCUCAGAUUCACACCCAUUACUUAUUCUAUUGGCUAAUAAUGGUGUAAUUAACCAUGUGAUUGGUCACUCAUGCCAAAUAUGAAAUGAUAACUUUGCAAUCACGUGUUUUUAGAUAUAGAAUCUAUCCUUGAACUUAAACCCCUUUUCCUGUUAUUCUCACAAUAUUUCAUAAACAAUUUAAUUUGCGUUUAAAAUAUGCAAUUAAAACAUAUGUAUCUAUCAAAUUAUAACUCAUGUCCUAUGGUGCACUUGUAUUCGUCUAAUACAAUUUCGAAUUAAUUAUCAAAUAGUAUUACAUUAGCACUAUCAUUUAUUCUGAGAUAACGUGUAGUGCAAUUAUUUAUUCUUGAAUAAUCAAUUAUUCGUGGAUAACGUGAGUGAAAUUAUUUAUUCUGGAACAAUGAUUAGUGCUAUUAAUUAUUCUUAGAUAACGCGAGUGUAAUUAUAUAUUUUGGAAUAAAGAAUAGUGUUAUCAAUUAUUAUAAAUGCAACCACAGUCGACAAUUCUAUAUUUUUAGAAGUUAAGGGACAAACUAAAUGUGGAUAGAAGUAUUACACGACUAUUAUAUCAGACCGGGAGCGUGAUUCGAGUGUAUUAAAUACGUUUUAUGUAAUGUUAAAUUAAAUCCGGAGAUAAAACAGUAGGCUGACAUUUUAAUUGCGAAAUUGAAGAAGACAGCAAAGAUAAAUUCUAUAGCUGUGUAACCGAAAAAAAACAUGCAAUAAAAUAAUUGUUUUUGAAUGGAUGAGGUUGGGUUUCCUGUCACUAUGACUGUUUAAAUGUGUUUAGGGCCAAAAAAUAGGGAUUCCUUUAUUUCCCGCGUAUUUUUGUUAUUUGUGCAGUAAACAUUAGUAUUACCGGGAAAUUCACAAUGAAACGAAGAAAUGUUAUGUACUGAUAUUAAAUGCCAUUUAACGACAUGUCUUUUAUUCACAUAAUUCAUUAGAUGUUCGCUUUCAACCGUCUGUUCUUUUCUUUCGAAUGCUAAUAUAAUAGUUCAAGCCUAUAAAUACAUUUAUUUUGUAUUUUGUGCUAUUUAGGCCUAUAGAAUAAAAAAAAUACGCGGGAGAAAUAAAGGAAUCCCGAUCAUCAAGUCACAUAACGCGUUGUUUGGAGACAUAUAAAAAAAAAAGAUAAUUGCGAUUAGUCUGAUUGAAAUAAAGGAACGGGUGUUUUGUCAAUAUUGUUGUUUGAAUCAUUUUGGGAUUGAUAUCUUUAUUUUAUUAACGUGUGUAGUACUUGAAUUUUGUACAGACAACGUAAUUUCCGUCUGUUAUUAGACAAACCCCUUCUGCAAAUGUAUCUUUUAUUUCCUCUUGUUUCGUUUUGUCAAAUGUGUCAAUUUAAUGUCAACAACACAAUAAAUGCUACCUUUGUCAAUUUUAUUACGCCGUUUUCGUCAGAGGACAUACUCGAUGUGCUUGUUUGUGCAUAAAAUAAACGCCGAGGUAUGGCGCCCAAGGUAACUCUUGGUGACCCUAUCCCUCCUUUCGCUGUUUCAAUUGCGUCACUAAAUCAUUCUAAGAGACCUUACUGUGCUUUUCAGGUUGCAGUGGAAACGUGUACCUUAUAGCUGUAAGUUGUGAUGUAUCGGCGACAGGAUUCUUACUCACUUUACAACACCUGUUGCCACUUAACAUUUAUCUGACAAUUGGAAGGCUCAUGUGUUUAACUUUUUGUUUCGGUUUAAGGUAUAUGGAAUUAUAACGGCCGUUUAAACAGGCGUAAUGGCAAGAUCAAACGGCCAUUGACCUAAUCGAAAGGUUAACUGUUAUACACCGAUUUUAAAGUCAGACUAAAAACUAAGUACGUAAAUCUUCUUGAAAGGUAGACUUAAUUUCCAACACAUGUGUGUCUGUUUUAUAUAUAUAUACACGGAAAGAUUACUUAUAUUUGUUUACAUUUAAUCAGUCAUAGCUUUUAAUUCUUAACUAAGAACAUAAAUAUCCCAGAAUCGACUACUAACUGGUUGUUUUCACGCCCUUAUUUAAUCGUUUAUUAUUUAUUUAUUUAUUUAUAUCAUAUAUGUAUAUAUUUCUGGCUACCCUUUCGUUAAUAUUAUAAACACAAAUCAUAAACAUUAUCUUGUAUAAAUUCUGAAAAAAAUAUUAAAAAAAAAUUAAGUUGAGAAUAAUGUAAAUUAUUCAUUUUCAUCAAUUUAAUUUAUGAGUUAACAUUCCAUUGGGAUAAAUAUAUUCACUUGAAAAUCUAUAUUCAUGACCUUAAUGAUUGUAUCAUUAAAAUUAAUAAUUACAUGUACUGUA